GGGUGGGGCGCCAGAGGGAGAGAGAACGUCCUCUAGCUGUGUGCAAGGACACGGCCCUGAACGGUAAAACAGCUUUACUGCUGUUUCCAGCAUCUUGCGGGACGGGGAAAAGGUUCAUCAAUCGAUUUGAGUUUCGACUUUGGGAUAAGUGCGUGUUUAGCGUUUAUACACUGAAUUGUGAUUGCCUGAAUUAAGUUUUCAAACGUUGGCGUGUCACGAAUUUGAAGAAGUUUCCAAAAGUUUUCCAAAACUGCAAACUCCAGUCGGACGACAGGAGAGGAGAUAAUAUGAUUCUUCAAGGAGACCAGCUCCCUCUCCAAUAAGAUAAUGGAGUCUUACAUCUGUGGAGGAUGGUGGCGAUGGAAGUUCCGUAACGUCCUGCCAGUUGCCCUGCUGUUGAUGUCCCUGCAAAGACAAGCAGUGUUGAGCUGUAGUAACUCCAACUGCGUUGUGGUGCUCAAGGACUCCCAGGGUGAAUUCAACUCCCCCUGCUACCCACAAGAUUACCCCAGUAGUCAGGCCUGCAAGUGGACUCUGCAGGCUCCAGCUGGAUUCAUUGUGCAAAUAACCUUCUCUGACUUUGAGCUUGAGGAGGCCCUUGGGUGCAUCUACGACCGCAUCAUUGUCAACACCGGCAACCAAGAUGUUAAGUUUUGUGGCUUAACAGCCAAAGGACUGACGCUAAACUCCACCGGCAAUGUGAUGGAGGUGUCAUUUAACUCAGACUUUAGCGUCCAAAAGAAAGGCUUCAGUGUCAGUUACAGGCAAGUUGCCGUGGCGCUAAGGAACCAGAAGGUCACAGUGUCCAACGGCGCAGGCAAAGUGGUCCAAGUCUCCAACUCGGUGACCAUACCUACCCUUCAGCAGUUCACCGUGUGCUUCGAGAUAGCCCGGCCCAACCAAAAGAGCAAGGAGACUAUCUUCUCUUACACCCGGCUAGAGGACAGCAGCGGUGAAGAAGCCCUCAGCUUCGGAAAUAACCAGGAUGGAAUGGCACUGGUCAUGAUUAACGAGACAUGUCUGAUAGACUCUAUCCUCAACGCCUCAGACUUCACUUCCACCAUGAAGCAAUUCUGUCUCACGUGGGCCUCCACCACAGGCAAAGUGACCCUCUACUUCAACAGCAUCUACAGGGUCAAGACCUGCUCCAACACGAUUGGGCACUCGGUGGGGGCUGGGGGGCUCUUCAGGCUGGGGUCCCAUAGUAGCUUUGAUGGGACCAUCUAUAACUUCCGCCUGUGGGAUUAUGCCAUGGACAUGACACAGCUGGUCGCCCUCACCUGUGAUGCUGUCGGCAACGUCAUCGACUGGGACAACAGCUUCUGGGACAUCCCCUCUUCACUGGCACAGACGGACAGCGCACUGAGCUGCAUCUGUUUCCCACAUUGCAUACACUUAACAACGGCUGCUCCAUCUAGUGGUACCUCUGUACCCGUCUAUACAUCACAAACCACCAGCUGUGCCUCUCCUGGACUGGGCUGCCCAGCAACAUUAACUUCCACCAGCUCAUCCAUUGUCACCACUAACAUGAUUGCUACUAAUUCAACAACCCACGUUCUCUCUGCUACCACUUCAUCUGCCACCACUACUAGCAUGCCUCUAACUACCAGCUCAUCAACUGUUCAAACCACUACCACGACCACUCCUGCAGCUACAACUAAUGUGCCGACAUUACCCAGCACAACCACUGCAACAUUAACUUCCACCAGCUCAUCCAUUGUCACCACUAACAUGAUUGCUACUAAUUCAACAACCCACGUUCUCUCUGCUACCACUUCAUCUGCCACCACUACUAGCAUGCCUCUAACUACCAGCUCAUCAACUGUUCAAACCACUACCACGACCACUCCUGCAGCUACAACUAAUGUGCCGACAUUACCCAGCACAACCACUGCAACAUUAACUUCCACCAGCUCAUCCAUUGUCACCACUAACAUGAUUGCUACUAAUUCAACAACCCACGUUCUCUCUGCUACCACUUCAUCUGCCACCACUACUAGCAUGCCUCUAACUACCAGCUCAUCAACUGUUCAAACCACUACCACGACCACUCCUGCAGCUACAACUAAUGUGCCGACAUUACCCAGCACAACCACUGUUACUCAAACCAUUAUCCCAUCUGCAGCAGCCGCUACUAACACAACUCUAUUCUACAGCACAACCAAUGAGGGUCUUUUCUACAGGAUCUCCUUUGUUGUCAAUGACAAGGAGGCCAAACUAACAGAGUCUGAUGUUGAGAAAACUGUUGCACAAUGGCUCAAUCAAACAUUCCAAAACUGGACACAUGUGGUCUAUGUCGAUAAUUUCAGAAUCCAGCCUAACAGUGACUCACAACUUAAGAGGAGUGCCAGUAAAAAAUUCACUUGCCAGGCCCUGCUGGUCUAUCAGACCAGCACCAAUGUGACCCUGGAAGAAGUAGCCAUCUCCACCAGGAUGGUGGGAAGCAGCCCUAACAUUGGCAAUGGACUGGAGCUAGAAACUGUCGACGUGCAGUCUGUCGAGAACUGCCCAGAGGAAACUCCCCUCCAUUAUAUCUGGCCAGAGAGCAGACCAACGGUCACUCAGUAUGUCCCCUGUUUCCCCAACAAAGACCAGACUGCAUCCAGAACAUGUGUGAUCAGCCCCCUGAAUUACACAGCGUUUUGGGGCACCCCAGACAUCAGUAAUUGCACUGAUAUCGAUUCCAUCAAUGUUUCAGCAGAGAACGCUGCUGAAGUUGCCGACCAGCUUGCUGACAUCACCAACAACGAGCUCUCCACAGACGAGGUGUUCAAGGUGGUGGGCAAAGUGAAGGAGCUGGUCAACGUGGCCAAGAUCAACACCACUCUGGCCACCACCGUAUUGAACAUCAUCUCCAACGUGAUGACCAGCUCUGUGUCAGCCCUGGCUGUAGCCUCAGAGAGGACAUUGAAGACGGUGGAUGAGCUGGUUCAGAAGUUAGAGUUUGAUGGGCCUUCAGUGAGCAUCACCUCUAAAAAUCUGGCUCUAGGCAUCUCAACACUAAACCAUGGCAAGUUCAACGGGACCUCCUUCAGUGCCUUCAUACAGCCCAACACCACAGACCUCCAGAUUGACUUUGAGUCUAAUCAGCUGAAUCCCCUGGCUCAGGUCACACUGCCAGCUACUUUGCUCAAAAACCUAACCGACGCUGAGACCGCUGCCAUCUCCAGGAUUAACUUCAUGUUCUUCAGCAAGAUAGGACUAUUCCAGGACAAACAGGACGGGAUGUCUCUUAACAGCUAUGUCGUGGCCAGCAGUGUGGGAAAUUACUCCAUCAGUAACCUGCAGGAUCCCGUGGAGAUUGAGAUAGUACACCUGAAUUACCAGCCAAAGCCAAAGCCAACCUGCAUGUUCUGGGAUUUUACCAUGAAAAAUGACUCAGGUGGCUGGAACAGUAAAGGCUGCAGGGUUAGUCCCAUGUCCAAUGGAAACAAGACUAUCUGCCUCUGUGACCAUCUCACACACUUUGGCAUCCUAAUGGAUAUCUCUGGAUCUGCUGCACAGAUUGAUGAGAAAAACACCAAGAUUCUUACCUUCAUCACCUACAUCGGAUGUGGCAUAUCGGCCAUCUUCUCUGCUGUAACGCUUCUGACUUAUAUCGCCUUUGAGAAGUUGCGUCGUGACUACCCAUCCAAGAUUCUGAUGAACCUGAGCACGUCACUGCUCUUCCUCAACAUGGUGUUCCUAUUGGAUGGGUGGCUGGCCUCCUUCGAAAUGGAGGGCCUGUGUGUGGCUGUGGCCAUCUUCCUCCACUUCUUCCUGCUCACAUCCUUCACCUGGAUGGGCCUUGAGUCCAUCCACAUGUACAUCGCCCUGGUCAAAGUUUUCAACACCUACAUCCGGAGGUACAUUCUCAAGUUCUGCAUCGUCGGCUGGGGUCUGCCUGCUGCGAUAGUUGCUACAGUGGUAGCUAUUGACAAAAACUCCUAUGGGAAAAUGGAGUAUGGAAAGGGGGACACUGGACAAGGCUCUUCUGAAUUCUGUUGGAUCCGGAGCCAUGUGGUGUUCUAUGUAACGUGUGUGGGCUACUUCUCUGUCAUCUUCCUCCUGAACGUGGCCAUGUUCAUCGUGGUUAUGAUCCAGAUCUGCGGUCGCAACGGGAAGCGCAGCAACCGCACUCUGCGUGAGGAGGUGCUGAGGAACCUGAGGAGCGUCAUCAGUCUCACCUUCCUCCUGGGCAUGACCUGGGGCUUCGCCUUCUUCGCCUGGGGACCCGUCAACCUGGCCUUCAUGUACCUCUUCUCCAUCUCCAACUCACUGCAAGGUUUAUUCAUCUUCAUAUUCCACUGUGCACUGAAGGAGAAUGUCCAGAAACAGUGGAGGAGAUACUUGUGUUGUGGCAGAUUCCGCCUGGCAGACAACUCAGACUGGAGCAAGACGGCCACUAACAACACCAAGAAGGUCAGCUCAGACACGGUGGGGAAGUCCCUGUCCUCCAGCUCUUUUGGCUCCAGUACAGCAAACUGGACUUCCAAGGCCAAAGCAACUCUAAACCCCUUUGCAAAGCGCAACAGUAAUGCAGAUGUAGCCCACCAAUAGCACGAAGGAAAACCUCCUGAGGUAAAGGUUACUCCAACCAGACCAAUCCUAAAAGUGUCUCCUUGGAUGGUGAGGCCUCCUCUUCCUCCUCCUCCAUCAUCCCAGUGCACCAAGUCAUUGACAAGGUCAAAGGUUACUGCUCGGCGCGCUCUGACAACUUCUACAAGAACAUCAUCAUGUCGGACAGCUUCAGCCACAGCACCAAGUUCUAGACCACCCAGCACUUCUCUUCUUCUCCCUGCUUUUUCUGCUAGCCCCUAACCAGUGGUGAUCUCCCCCAGUCCACAGUCUCACCCCAGGGUUGUAGCUUCCAGAGCAGCAGGGCUGUAUUGUUUUUACUGUACAAUAUUUGACUUAAUCAGCUGGUCCAGUCAGUGAGAUGUACUGAAAAGGGAAGUGGGGAAAUGCAUAGUUCUGUAGAAAAGGGAAGGGCUACGCGGAGAAUGGAGUUUGGGAUUUACAUACUGUGACAUUAAUCUUUAACUGGCUAUGUGUUGUGUAAAUAUUUAUGGUAUAUCUAAUACGCCCCCUAUAAUUGAUUCUCAGUUGGUGUUGCACAUGCCUUGGGUUUUCAGUAGGGUCACCUUUCCUGUUCAGAACUAUCAACAAUCUUAACUGUUUUGUUCUCAUUCUGCAAUCUGUAGAAAUCCAGUAUGAGCAACAGGGAAGCAAAAUCCUCCAAUCUGGACCAAAUGUUCAGGCUUAGGCCUAUAUUUCAAACCCAAAGACUACCAAACAUGAGGGAGUUUUUAAAAGCUGUAGUAUUGUCAAUGUGUGCUCAAAAGGAACAGGUUGAGGUGUAGUUCUGGCUUUAGUCAUCUAUUUGUGAAUCCUGUGUGUGUUUAUUUGCUGGAAAGCAAUGUUAUGUUCCUUUACAGUGCCUUGCAUGAGGAGGUUUUGCAUAAAGUACUUUAUCUUGGUCAGCGUACCAACAUCAUCAUCACGACUAUGUUAUAUUUGUCAUGUAUAUAUUUUUAAACCUUCAGAUGCUCUACUACUGAAUAGCACAUGCAGAAAUGGAUGUCUGGUAUUGGUCCAUUCACUACUACUUCAUUUUGGUCACUUCGAUUUAGGACAACCUCUGUGGGUGAUCUGUGUUUAAAGUGUCAUUUAGUCUGACCCUUCUAUGGAUAGAGGUUACCAGAGCCAUGUAUUUACAAUACAUAUAUGGCUGUAGAGGUUACUAAACCCGCAGCCAUUAAACUUAGAUUUGGUAAGAGAGUUUCAUAAACAUUCCACAUUGAAUUGUUCCGCAGUACAGCAACUCACAACAUACUGUAAUGAUUGAAAAGGGACGACAAAACACUGGCAUUAUUUGUUCAUCCACGUUCAUGCCAACAUUUUAAAAUGGCAACAUGUUAAUCUGCUCUUCCAUGUUGCUUUAGUUAGCUUAAUAUGGUAGUCUUAUUUUCCCACCAAUAGGGGAAUUGAAUAUAUUGCAUUACGUUAAAUGUUGCUGUGUGAGCUAUUGUUGUUUGUGUUUGUGAAGCGAUGGAACAAUGUUGUUUAAAAGUGUCUUUAUAUUUAUUUCUAUAGAGCUUUUUGCAUUUGUUAUUUCUCUUGAAUCCCCAAUGCCAGUUGAUCAGGACUAUGCCCCUGGAUAGAUAGAUAUACUGUUUUUGGAAAGAUGGACCUUGGUGGGCAAACAAAGCAUCGCUCUUGACCUGGGCAGGCGAACUGGGCCAGUUAUAUUUUGGAAGCAGUCUGUGUUCUCAACUGUUCUUUUCCAGCAUCAGGAAAAUAAUCGGAGCAUCAAUGAGAAAUUCCCUCAGGGGCCAAAUUUCAAGAGGUAAUGUGGUGUUGAACAGAUUUGGGGUCUUCAUUUCAAGAACGUGUGGGAAGGGAUUACAGUGGGUUGAGAUCGUAAGAUGGAGUUCUCAUCUUUACAGUGAAUUGGAAAAUGACUGCUGGCAUCAUCUUUAUACAUAUUUGAAUAAGAUAUUCCAAAAUACAAAUUUCCCAAUAUUCAACAAAGUAGUUAUCAACCUUUAUCAAGUAAUGUUAUUUGUUAUAGGCUAUUAUUUAGAGGUGCACAUUGUUCUAUCAAUGCAGAGAGAAUCCAGACAUCAUUUUCUCUGAUUCAUUUGUACAUUUCCCUAUUAAUUAAAUAAUGUUUCCAGGACAAAGAGCUUGGAAAUGACGAUGGUUAGAUCCAAACCAAUAUUGUACUUAGAUGUAUCACUGAUUUAAUAUGGAUGGUCUGGGUCUAUUUGAAAACAUUCUCCAAACCCUGUCAUUAGUUUUUCCCCAACUUUUGUCAAUAAUAUAUUUUCUUGAAGCUGUCUCUGUAUGUCUCAACACCAUUGAUGAAUUGUGUUUCACCAAUAAAGGCAAUUAAAAGAACUGAAAUGUA